AUGGCGUCUCCCACUCCCGCCACUACCCAUUCCCAGAAAAAGAACAGAAUCCAAGUUUCCAACACUAAGAAGCCUCUUUUCUUUUACGUUAAUCUCGCCAAGAGGUACAUGCAGCAACAUAAUGAGGUGGAGCUUUCGGCUCUGGGAAUGGCUAUUGCUACGGUGGUGACGGUUGCUGAGAUAUUGAAGAACAGUGGACUGGCCACUGAGAAGAAAGUUUUGACAUCUACAGUUGGGAUCAAGGACGAGAAUCGAGGCCGCCUCGUGCAGAAGGCCAGGAUUGAGAUUGUACUGGGCAAAUCAGACAAGUUUGACAAUCUGCUGUCUCGUGCCGCCAAGACUGCUGAGUCAGAACAAGCCGCUUCCGAUGAUAGGAACAAACGAGAGAUGGAGUAGA